AUGCAGCUUCUCAUCGAGACCAGCACAGGCAAUACCUUCACCAUGAUGGUUGAGGGCUCGGACACAUUUGAUCUUGUUAAGGCGAAGAUCGAGGAGCAAUGUGGCCGCCGCCUUGACAACUACUGUAACAUCCAUUGGGAACUCGUGCCUCCUGAACCUGAACCUGAACCUGAGUUGGACUUGGUUCAAUGGAGCAAGUAUCUGCGGCCGGGGGCAAUGCAGAUAUUUGUCCGUAUCAACAAUGAAAAGAAGACCAUCACUUUGAAACCUUUGUUCCCAGACAGCACAAUCUUUGACUUAAUGGACAUGAUCAAGGAAAAGACACGUAUUCACAAUUUCGACCAGAACCUAUUCUUGGUCGGAAUGCCUCUGGAUUAUCGCGGUACCAUAGCCAGCAACAACAUUCAUUGGGGGUCGAUCGUCGAUAUUGUGGAAGGGCCUAGCCUACCAUGGGGGGAGAUAUAUGUAGAGACCAUCCAAGGAAAGACCAUCACUCUUAAACCCGAAGAGGACCUGGGCGUCAUACAAGUGAAAGCUUUUAUUCAAGAUCAGGCUGGUAUUCCUACAGAACAGCAGAGGCUGGUCUAUGCUGGAGACGAGCUUGAUAACGACCGCUACAUGUCAUCUUACUACAUCCGAAAUCAGUCCACCUUACGUCUUGUGGACGAAGCAUUCAAGAGGAUAAGGGUGCCGAUGGGGAUACGCAUCUGUAUUGAUGAUGAUGAUGAUGCCACACAACAAAGAAGAAACAUCUAUCUAGUUGUCGAAAGCACCGACACCAUUCAUGUCGUGAAAGCUAAGAUUCAGAACGUGGAAGGCAUUCCUGCGGACCGGCAGGUUCUGUUUUUGCCCCACAAGCGGCUAGAUGACAGCUUUACACUUGCAGACUACUAUUUCCAGGAAGGGAAAGGAUUAAAUAUGAAGUUUAUAUUGGCUAGGAAGUGUAGGAAGCAAUAUGAUUAG